AAAAAGAUAUUUUCUUCAUCAACCUUUGUUAGUUCCCCUGCUUCUGCAUAAGAAGUUUUAUUUGUUUCCAACAACAAACACGAACUUUAACACCGCCGUUAUCGCCGUCAGGCCCUCGCUCCUAAACCUGACGCGUAAAGGAAUAACUGCAUCAACUAGAUAGUGUAGUGCGAAAAACAAAAGAUGACACACUAUCUUUUUCUUUUUUUUGUUGAGCUCCAUCGCGUGUAGAUAGAACACGGAACAUGCACAUGCAGGUCCAUGCGGCACGGUUUGGAUCAACAUAUCCGGCUGGAAAUUACCGGUAGAAGACCACUACGUCGUCCUAAUUGACAUUCCAUUGACGGUGCAACGAACAAAUACCCACGUGGAAUUCUGUUUCGCCGUGCUGGUGAUUGGGCUUUGGCGGUGCUGGAUUCGAUCCAAAUCUCCGCAUGAUCACGAUCCGCAUGAUCAAGAUGUUGAUGCGAAAACAACACUCCUCCUCGUCGGCCUGCAGCAGUCCGUUCUGUCCCCCAGGAGACAUUCAUUCACACGCAGGAGCACGUCGAUCACGACAGUUUUUUUCCAGCAUGGCGGUUUUGCUUAUCCCCACCCGGUUCUUGUUCCUUUGGACGGUAGUCUUGCAACAAUUUAGUCCAGCACAGUUAUUUGCUAACGCUCAGGCCUCCGUGUGGUGCAACUCGUUCUGGCUCACAGCCUACUCGCCACCACCAUACCAAAGCUACGCGACCUGUAGUGAUAACGCAUGGCAGACGGCGGAUUUUACCGUUCCCGGUAUUGAUAUUGUGCUGUUCAGGAGUUUGACGUUGUAAUGCUGCCUCAUUGUGCUUGUGCUUGAAUUAUGCCCGACCACAAUGAUAAACCAAUUCGCUUCAUUCUUUUUCGUUUUCGAUGAAUACGUGCGAAGCUGCACAAAGAGCCUAGUACUGACAGCUAGCCUACAUAACGCUGCAAAACCGCCACCAGGUACGUCCGAGCGUGUCCACGUGGAUUGCUGGUGCCAGAACGACCUGACGCCGAAAUGGCGAGACAUGUACAGCCAUGACCCCAGCUGGACCAGCGCGAUAAAUUGCUGCGACCACCCCACCUGGACAAACAUGUGCACCUUGGAUUGCAACUACGCCAGUGCACAAUCCCCCCUCCCCCUCAUUUGUCACGCAAAAUGCCAAAUCCAGGCUGCGCCUGUUGGCACUGCUUGCAUGACAAACUCCGGAAGCCCACACAGUACUACACUCUUGGGCAAAUUUGUCAUGCAAAACCGGCAUUCUUGCUGACGCUUGGAUUGCCGUUUAUGCUAUACAAAUGAGGGGGAGGGGAAGCUGUGCACUGUCAUAGCAACCCGGAUUGCACGGACGCGCGGGCGCAGGAGUGCAAGCAGAAAUGCCCGCCGCUUUGUACAACGCGCUCAGGUGUUACAAUCUCAGUUGUUACAGUAGAGUCUGGAUUUUGUCUUGCAUGAUGAGCAUGACAGACUUCCAGUGCGUUCCACUUUCUGCAAUACAAAUUUCCAUGUGCGGCUCUUUGGGACUCCGAAACUUCAACUUGUCAUGCGCAAUCCUGUCAGAGUAGGCUAGAUCAUGCAGCUCUUGCAUCACAGAUCUCCAUAUUCUAUUGCAACGCUUGACAUUGUAACACCUGAGCGGGUCAUACUUUGCCUCGAAACCGCCUACGAGAGCCUGGCCGGGGCGCCGUGUGAAUGUUCCCAGUGGUAUGGAGAGGAAGGCCUUUUCUGGUGGUCAUGGUGAUGAAGAUGAUGAGAAGAGGAAGAGGUCAUGAUCUGCAAUCAUGUUCAUGCGGAAUGUCACAAGUAUGUGUAUGUCUAUGUGCAACUGGAACUGCGACGUUGCAGUGGCACGCCUCAGAUGGUGGAUCUCUUUGUGCUGUGUCUGCAAGAACUCUCUUCAGCUUCACUACACCAUCGAAGAAGUGCGCUUCCCCUGUUCAUACUUUCUGGGACAAAGUAAAGUGCCUAUUCGACCAUGCAGUCGCGGAAACGGCUUCCGGCAACAGCAUGAAAGUCUGUGACUCCGUCGCUUUUGAAAGGACAACGAUGGCGGCCGAGUGGAUUGCUUGCGUUUCCAGGUUAUCAGGUGCAAAAAUGUCUGGGUCUGGAAGAAUGCAACUUGUGAUGCUGCAUGUGGAUUCCAAAAAAAGCUGUAUUGCAUGAGUAGCAAAGGGAAUGCAUCUUUUGCUACGCUGAGAAGGCAUUUCCAUUUGUCAUGCGAAAUUAGGCAUCAAGAAGCCCUCAGAAAAUCUGUAUUACCAGGGUAUGCAUCACAGACAUCUUUCAUGGCUCAUGCAAAACGUGCAUGACCACAAGUGUCAGAAUCUUUCAGACCCAGACACUUUUACAGUUGAUACAGGUAUCCCCACAGCACCCGGUGGGAGCAGAUACAAGCCAGCGCGCACUGCGCGUGCAAGAGCGGUAUUUUUUGAUACGUGAAAACGAUGAUGCGUUUCUCAGCAAAUGCUUGUGAUGCAACAAGAUUAACAGCGAGUGUGCUUGUGCUCUCUUUCGAUUGUGGUCAUGAACAAGAUGUUUGUAAAAUAAAUUCUAGUUGUACUUCUACUUCUAUACGACAGACAUCAUCACCGCACUCAACUCCACCUCCUGCUGCACCUCCCCCGAGUACGAGCACAUUUGCACCGACGAAAACCAGCUGCAGUGCAACGCCCUCGCCGCCCAUUGCGGUUCCUCCGAGGCCUUAUCCUGCGGGAUUUCCUGCGCGACCAAGUGCAACCACAUUGCGGACAUCUCUGACGACUGCAACAACCAUUGCAUCAAGAAGGACAGUCCCUGUGCGAAGUACCAGAAGUGCGAGCCCCCGGCGACCAAAAACCACGACUACAUCUGCGACGACGGGGUCACGCAGCCCAACAUCGGGGGGUGCUGCAAGCGGGAGGACGCAAAUUUUCAAACCAUGGACAACCUCUGGUGUCCGCGGUUCUGCGGAAAUUCCCGGGUCUACUGGCUGGUCGCAACGCAGCGCUACGAGUGCGACUGCGACGCGUGUCCGAAUAACGCCGCGGGGCUGGACAACAACUGGCAUUUGGCUCUGGACCAGGAGAUUGACCAUUUGUACAAAACCGGGCUGGAAAGGAUCGUGGAGAGGCUACAAAUCCCGGACACCGGGCCCGAGCGAAGCCAACUGAACGCGAUCUACGAAGAAAUGUCAGUGGAGAUCAAACGGGCCUACCCCUACGCUGCGGCUAUCCACUGCAAAUAUGUCUGGGUCUGGAAAUUUGUGAUGCAGGUCUGUGAAUAAUCAGAUCACUGCGAUAGGUGGCCGAGCAUGACAAGUUUUUGUUCCCCGUCGUGUUGCGACGUAUUCCCCAUGGCAGGCUCGAUUUUUGUAUAACAGACCAGAGGAUCUUUUCGCGCCUGCUCAGCAUUACAGAGCUAAGAGUCAAGCCCGAGAAGCAUGACAAGUCUUGCAAUCUUCCAGACGCAGACCUAUUUGCAAUGCAUAGUGGCCGCCUUGCCGCAGAAUCUCCCGGACGCGGCUUUGGACGUGGCAGAAACGUUAUGAAAGCGCACAACUCCCCCUCCCCCUCAUUUGGACAUGGCAUCCGCAGCAACACAAGUCCUGGCAGAGAUGUAGCUUUUGCAUGACAUAUUUACGACUGACUGCAGAGCUGUUUCGGCUUCGGGAAUCUGUCACGCAAGCAGUGCCACAGGGCAAAGGGUGGAUUUGGUAUUUUGCAUGACAAAUGAGGGGGAGGGGGAAUUAUGAACUGUCAUAAACGUACAAGGAUAGAAUGGAGGACAAGGGCAGAGAAAUUUGGAACAGUUUCAAUCCAAGCAUCGCGGCGCCGUCUUUGGAAGGGGUGUGGACGUUAUCUUCCGCCGACUGGCAAAACAACGGAUCGGAGGCAACGCCGAGUCCCAGUAUGCUCGGGAGGUUCUCAAACGGGUUUCUACUUCUUGAAUCGCCGUACAACUUCUAUACUUGAAUCUGUCUGUGAUGCAGGCAUCAAUAGCCAAAGUAGAAGAAGACAGCCUUUAUUGCGUCUUGCAUUUUACGGAUUUUUUUUUUUUGGCAAGGAUUUCAAUGCUAAAUAAAUUGAGGAGCACGUAAUGGAGAACUUGUCAUCCGAAGUGGCUUGGUCAAGUUGAGACUCAUCCUCAAUAAACCUUCGUCAAUGUUGUUUGAAAAAAAUUCAUGGCGCAGGAGCGAUCAAGGUAGUAGCACCACUUGAGAGUAGUCCCUCCAUAUUUAGCCUAAAUGUAGUCGUCGGAGACACGUCCGGCGUGAAUAACCUCCCCGGGCAGGAAGUUCCAAGUGCGGGUUCGCGGGUCCAGCCGUCAUCGUCCUCCGCUGACGAUAGUUCUACCGUAUCAAUUGCAAAAGUAUCGUACUCGUAUAAAUGCAUUACAAAUUUUCUCAGCAUGAGAAAUAGAAUUUGUAUAUGCAGAUUUGCCUUAAGACAAAGAUUUGCAAUGCAAGACUUGCAUUUAUACGAAUAGGAUACUUUUGCAAUGCAUAUACCGACGACAAUAGCAACGACAUGCUCAGCUGGAUGAUCGGGUUUGCCGUGAUGGCCGGUGCGUCGCUGGGAAUCUGCGGGCUGUGCAUACUGAUCGAGCGCUAUUCCGCCAAAUCGAGGGAGGAGGCGCGAAGGAGGGACGCGGUAUGCAUUGCGAAUAUGUCAUCUGUUGAGUCUGGAAGGUUACAACUUGUGAUGCUGUCUUUGGAUUCCAAAGAAAAAUCUGUAUUGCGUGACCAGCAAAAGAAGAGUCCAGUUUGUGCUACGCGGAGUGGACAUCAUUUCUCAUGCGGAAUAGGCAUGGCGGGAUGAUCAGAAAGCGCUCGCAUAAUUUGUGGUGCUAGAGCGCGCAUCACAGACAUCACGAGUCAUGCAGAAUGUACAUGACAAAUCGUGCGCAACUCUUCCAGACCCAGACAUAUUUGCAAUGGAUACGCGGCGUUGCAGUACCAAGACGGAAUCGGGGGCAUGCGACCACUAUCCUGUGCAAAAGUAUCGUAUUCGUAUAAAUGCAAGUCUUGCAUUACAAAUAUUUUUCUUAAGGUAAAUUAGCAUUACAAAUUUUAUUUCUCAUGCUGAGAAAAUUUGUAAUGCAUUUAUACGAGUACGAUACUUUUGCAAUGCAUAACCACCUGUGGACACGGUGGUCGUCGGGCAACCGGUCUUGAAUUCCCACGGCACGGCCAUAGACAACGUGCCGACAAACAUCCCGACCGGUUUGAUCAUUGACAACGACAAAAGCAGAAACUCGGCGGAACAGGACCAGUUCGUCGGCAGAGGAUUCGCUGCGAGCGGAGGUGGUGGUAUGAACUGCAAAAGUAUCGUAGUCGUAUAAAUGCAUUACAAAUUUCUUCAGCAUGAGAUAUAAAAUUUGCAAUGCGGAUUUGCCUCAAGAGGAAGAUUUGUAAUGCAAGACUUGCAUUUAUACGAGUGCGAUACUUUUGCACAGGAUAGGUGGACAAUCGCAGCAAUUUUCUUCUAGUUUAUCAAAUGCAAAUAUGUCUGGGUUUGGAAGAAUGCAACUUGUGAUGCUGUAUUUGGAUUCCAAGAAAAUCUGUAUUGCAUGGGCAGCAAUGGAAAUGUAGUGUCUGCUACGCGGAGAGGGCAAUUGUCAUCCGGAAUAGGCAUCAAGAAGCCCUCAUCAAAAAGUCUGUGAUGCUAGGGCAUGCAUCACAGGCAUCUUGGCUCGUGCAAAACGUGCAUGACAAGUCUCAGACCCAGACAUAUUUGCAGUUGAUAUAGUACUCCCGGCUACAACAGUAAUGAUAGUAUGCCAAUAAACGGUAAUCUUCCAACCCCCAACGCCAGCAUGUUCCAAGCCCCCACCUCCGAUACCCUCCCCCAGGCUAGUUUCGCGCCACGAGGGCCGAUGACAAAUGACUUCGUGACAAGCCUGACGACGACCACCACGACGACAGCUUCCUGGGCCGAUGCGCCACCGAACCAGAGAGACCCGUACGCGCCACGGCGGGGGCGGGGGCAGCGGGGCGGAGGCGUGCAGCAGCAACCACCCAGGGUGGCGUGGACGGGCACGGAGUGAUCACGAGGGGGUCGGGUUACAAGUUCGCAGUUCGUUCAACGAACUGCGCCCACUUUUGAUGAUGUCGCGCAACGGUUGCGCCUGAUUGUCUCAUGCCGCAUUCUGUGGCGCAAUCUAAGCCAGCAUUUUUUCAACGUAGUUACCCUUCGCCCUGCCCCAGCCCAACACGAACAUACGUAGUUGUACUUUGAACCUACUACUCAUCAUGAUGAAAAAAGGCACGACGGAGCACGAGGACGUGGAGUUCUGCGCUGUGUGACGAGUCUUAUUUGUAGCCAGAGCUACAGGAUGUCCAGUCUUCCUGAUGACUCAUGCUUUUCGAUGAUUUUCCAUUCAUACAUGCGCUCUGUACCGACGGGCUGAUGUCCUCGCUCUACUGUCUUACCCCGGGAACACACGUUUUCGUCUUAUCACGCGCUUUUGAGCUACAUAAUCGGCGGGACCCGUUUUCUUUUUCUACCGAGAUGGGUAUCGGCAGCCCUGCUGCAAAAGAUAACAAAAGAAAGAUCAACCAGG